AUGUCCGGCGAGAAGAGAGCGGCCUCAUCGUCUUUCGGCACAACACAGCUGGUCAAGAGGCAAAGAUCAGAAGCGAACAUCAACGGCGGCGCAGUCGCAAGAGUCAAUGGCUCUGGCAGCAAUGCGGUGGUCAAAGGAGCAUACGGCCAUGCUGGGCUGCAGGCGCAGGUUAUGGAGCUGAGUGGUCACUCGGGUGAAGUUUUCUGCUCUCGCUUCGAUCCAACCGGCGCCCAUAUAGCCUCCGGCAGCAUGGACCGCGACAUCCUUCUGUGGAACUCCUCCGGCGAUUGCGCGAACUACGGUGUCCUCACAGGCCACAAGAGCGCGGUCUUAGACCUACACUGGUCCCGUGACAGCCAGGUCAUCUACUCAGCAAGCGCAGACAUGACGGUAACAAGCUGGAACGUGGAGACUGGCGAGCGGAUACGGAGACACGUAGGACAUGAGGAAGUGAUCAAUUGCUUGGAGGUCAGCAAAAGAGGCGAGGAGAUCUUGAUAUCCGGCAGCGACGACGGUUCGAUCAGCGUAUGGGACCCAAGACAGAAGGCGGCGAUCGACUACAUCGAGACGGACAUGCCAGUUACGGCAGUGUGCCUGGCAGAAGCGGGCAACGAGCUCUUCAGCGGCGGCAUAGACAACGACAUUAAGGUCUGGGACUUGCGGAUGAAAAAGGUUACAUACACACUACCCGGACAUACCGACACUGUCACAUCACUGGCUGUCUCUCCGGACUCGCAAUCACUCCUUUCGAACUCGCACGACAACACAGUACGAACGUGGGACAUCCGUCCUUUCGCGCCCAACGAUCGUCAAAUCCGGAUCUUCGACGGAGCUCAAGCUGGGCUGGAAAAGAACCUCAUUCGAGCGUGCUGGGACUCGACAGGGAAGAGUAUUGCUGCCGGAGGCGGUGACGGUACUGCAACUGUGUGGGAUAGUGCAGGGGGAAAGAUGCUGCACAAGCUGCCGGGCCACAAGGGCACGGUGAACGAUGUGCGGAUAUCACCAGAUGAUUCUCUGAUAUUAUCCGCUAGUACCGAUCGCACAAUGUUGCUGGGCGAGCUGCCACGCUGA